AUGCACAGCCAUCAACACAAGGAAGAAAAAACAGCUAUCCAUCUACACAUACUCCAUCGCACCCAAGCCACGAAGAUGUCCCUCAGGCUCUGCGUGUGUACUGCCUCAGCCAAUGGCGAGUACUACAUGGAAAUGUUUAACAAGCACCUCAGCAGCUUCUUCAAGAGCAUCACCCUGGGCUCGAAGGUGAGCGAUUUUAAGGAGGUCAAGGAGUCGAAGGACCACAUCAUCCUCUAUGUUGACGGCCCCGCGGGGUACGACGGGAUCAAGGACUUGUGCGACGACUACCACCUGCCGAAGGAGCAGAGGAGGGUUCUAUGGAUCUACUCACUCACCGCGGGCUGGAUGUCUACCGGCCGCAUGAACUUGUAA